AUGUCGUUUGUAGCGGCAAUAGACAGUUCCAAAAAUAUAUCAAGCUGGUCUCGUGCGGUCAAUGCAUUAGCGCAAAUUCUGGAUCAAAUCAAGAUCACAAUCUCCGGGUUGGCUUUGACACUUCUGGCCAUCAAUCCAUCACGCACAAGCAGCGGAGAGAUCCUGUUCGAAAGGCUGUUUUUCCGAGAAUUCUCUUUUGAUACGGCCAAUAUAUCACCAGUCGGUUUCAAAAUCGAUGAAUAUGAUCAUAAUUACCUGUCAUACUCGUGCAUUGUCUCGUCCAAGCAUAUGGUGGUGCUCUUUAAGAACCUAGACGCGGCGAGUCUCAGCUACAUUUGCCUUCGGCUUGACUGCUACGAUGGUGUACCUCGAAACAAGGAAUUCAAAGUGUUCGUUGAAAUCUUGACGAAGAAAAUGAUUGUGAAAAAGUACCUGGUCAAUUAUCAGCCAGUGCUACCCCAAGAGCUGCCUAUUCCACGCAUCUACAAGAAGGACUUCGACAACGGAAAGUGCAAACAUUUGAUGAUGGAAUUGAAUACGAUGAAGUCAUUUCUUGAUAUGGUACCACUCUCUACGGAGGACUUCAAAGUGGAUGUGAAGCAGACGAAAAUCCUGUUUGUAGCUUUCACUCGACAAGUGCUCAAAGACAAAGAGCUACUUAAACAGGCAAUGCUGAUUACCAUUCUGAUGGCCAUAGACGAGCUUAUGGAGCUGAACUUAGAUGGUACUACCAGCUCGAUCAAUUUCCGUCUCAAGGAUUACCGCACUUUCAUUACAUGUUGCACGUCCAUGGGAGACCUAACACAUAGCGAUGAUAAUUUGCUGCCCGAGCCUCUGUUUGAGGCUUACUUUAAAGGCGGAGGAGAUCCACUUGUUGUGGAGCAUAACUCUGGUCCCGUUCUUGUCCGUUUAAUCAUCCUCACCGCUGGCACGGGAGAACCUCAAGAUGGAGACGAGAACAGGGACAAAUACAUUCUCCAUGGUCACACGAUACACAGAGUUCCUGAAAGUCAUAUAACGAAAGCAAUUCCCACCAGCCUCAUAAGCAAAGGUCGACUAGAUAACGCAACAGGUCAGGGUAGAGAGCCCAGCUACGAGCCAGACUUCAAUUCGUUCCAGUCUAGCUCUAUGGGAGACAUUGUCACCUACGGUAAGCGCGGGUCGACCCCAACUACUGAAGCGCCAGCCAAAAAGGCUAAAACUAAGGUAACUGAUGCGGAUACAGACUACAGUACCUCUGACGAGGAAGCUGAGCUAGGACCCACACAGCAGAAUAACAAGCCUACAUCGUUGUUCGAAUGA